CGGAAGCGCCAACAGCGUUUGAGUAUGACGGCCGCCGAGCUCCUGCUGCUCGUAAUCCUGCAAACCGCCACAGGAAAAGGAGACAUGGCCGCCACGAGUGGACCUCAUCACGGUAGCUUCGUCAACGACAUGCUCGAUAGCGAUGAUGGCGAAUAUGGUGUCACUAAAGGCGCUGCUGACGAUGGUGAUUAUGAUAUUACAGGAGACAUGGCCACCACGAGUAGACCUCAUCACGGUAGCUUCGUCAACGACAUGCUCGAUAGCGAUGAUGGCGAAUAUGGUGUCACUAAAGGCGCUGCUGACGAUGGUGAUUUUGAUAUAACAGGAGACAUGGCCACCACGAGUAGACCUCAUCACGGUAGCUUCGUCAACGACAUGCUCGAUAGCGAUGAUGGCGAAUAUGGUGUCACUAAAGGCGCUGCUGACGAUGGUGAUUUUGAUAUAACAGGGUACCUGGGCACCACGAGUGUACCUCAUGAUGACAGUGACCACGAUUAUGAUGUCGGUGUCACAGAAAGAGAUGAUGUCGGCAACCCAGGGCUACACAGACUACCAACCAGCGAAUUUGAUAUUACAGAUCUCACCAAACCUGUGGAAUGUAGGCGAAUGUCGAUAAGCGUGCGAGACCAGUUCCAGGUACUGAAAGAGCGACGUGGACUUAUCGCCAGGGCCCUGCAUUCAAGAGCUGCACAAAAUCAGACCUACGUCAAGACCGUGAGGCUACCAUCUGAUAUGAUAAAAAAAGAUCUUGCGGGUAAAAUGGGCAUCAUCGCCGGGUGGGGGAGGACACAUUUUCAGGCACGCUGUUCCCAAGUGCUGCUGUAUAUGCCACUGGUCGUGGAUUCCAACGCUAACUGCAAAGCCUACUUUCCCAACUACAACGCUAGAACCUCUUUCUGCGCUGGAGGAGUAUAUGGAGGAAGCAUAUGCAACGGCGACAACGGCAGUCCGUUUACGUUUGGGACCACCACGGGCUACGUGGUGAUUGGCGUGGCCAGCUUUGUAUUCUCAGAACACUGCCUGACCGACUUCCCAGCUGGCUUCACGCGGGUCACCAACUACCUCAAAUGGAUCUCUAAAACCUCCGGGAUCAAGGUGACCUGAUGUCCACGCUUACACUUCACAAUACAAAGCCGUCUAUAAUGUUCCCUGAACCACCUUCUCAUAGACAUUAACA